GCAUUGUGGGGAGGGAAGCCGGUGUCGCCGCAGCUGCCAUCUUAGAGGAGUCUUUCGUUGCGGCCUUCUCCGUAGAGGCGGCGUUCGUGGCGCUUUUCGACCCGACAGUUGUAAAAAGUCAUCUGACUUAUAGUUUUUCCUUCUUUGGUUUCGACUAGUCGGCCAUCUCACGUUGGAAGUCUGAGGCUAGGGAAUCCGAGAGCCUUUCAAGACAAGCCAGCGGUUGAUUAUCAGAGUCGCCUGGAAGGAUGGGCCGGUCUCGGAGCCGGAGUUCGUCCCGCUCCAAACACACUAAGAGCAGCAAACACAACAAGAAGCGUAGCCGGUCGCGUUCCCGGGACAAGGAGCGAGUUCGGAAGCGUUCCAAGUCCCGGGAAAGCAAACGGAACCGGCGGCGGGAGUCGCGGUCCCGCUCACGCUCCACCAACACGGCAGUGUCUCGGCGCGAGCGAGAACGGGAACGCGCCUCGUCCCCGCCCGACCGCAUCGACAUCUUCGGGCGCACGGUGAGCAAGCGGAGCAGCCUGGACGAGAAGCAGAAACGAGAGGAAGAGGAGAAGAAAGCCGAGUUUGAGCGGCAGCGAAAAAUUCGGCAGCAGGAAAUAGAAGAAAAACUCAUCGAAGAAGAGACAGCACGAAGAGUGGAAGAAUUGGUGGCAAAGAGGGUAGAGGAAGAAUUGGAGAAAAGAAAAGAUGAAAUUGAGAGAGAAGUUCUCCGAAGGGUGGAGGAAGCCAAGCGCAUCAUGGAAAAGCAGUUGCUCGAAGAACUCGAGCGACAGAGACAAGCUGAGCUUGCAGCACAAAAAGCUAGAGAGGAGGAAGAACGUGCAAAACGUGAGGAGCUAGAGCGUAUACUGGAAGAGAAUAACCGAAAAAUUGCAGAAGCACAAGCCAAACUAGCUGAAGAGCAGUUGAGAAUUGUUGAAGAACAGAGAAAGAUUCAUGAGGAAAGGAUGAAACUAGAACAGGAGCGACAGCGUCAACAAAAAGAAGAACAAAAAAUGAUCCUGGGCAAGGGAAAGUCCAGGCCAAAAUUGUCCUUCUCUUUAAAAACCCAGGAUUAAAUUGCAAACUCUGAACUUUUAAAAAAAAAAAAAAAAAAUGGAAAAACUUUGUAUGGUAGCUUCAUGUUGAAGUGUUUUUUUUUGUUUUGUUUUUUGUUAUUUUAAUUUGGAAAAUAUGGGAAAAUAGCUUGUUCUGAUGGGGCUAUGCUCUGCAAUUCCUUUUCCUCCCCUCUUUACCUUCCAUUAAGUCAAAUCUUUAUCAUAUCAUUGUUGUCUUCUGAAACGUGAGAUCUGUUUUCACUUCUUUGGAUUCUCUAUUAGUGGUCUGAAGAACAAAGAUCACUUUGUAUAAACUAUGGAUGGUCUGGUAAGAUUUACUAGCUCACUGACUUCAGAGUUAUACUCUGUUUAUUACACCAUAAUGCUGGUUUUGCUGACUUUUUGAUUUUUUUAUAUAUUUAUAAAAAAAGGAAAAGUUAGUAAUUGCAUAGAAAAUUUCCCAGGGUAUUACUGGACCUGUAUAUUGUUAAACCAGUGUCCUUGUGAUACUGUUGCUCUUGAUGUUCCUGAUACAGGUAAGGAAACAGUUGGUCAACUCUGAUACAAAAUAUAUAUAUCUAUAUACAGUUCAGUAUUUUCUCUGUUCAGUCUGUUUUUAUUUCAUUGACAAAAUCAAACCAGCAUUCCCCAUUGUGUAAAUAAAUGAUUUUGCUGAAUAAAGUAAAGUCUUAAAUUCCUAUGUU